AUGUCAUUCGACCUUUCUUCGUCGUCAGCCUCUACAGAAGCCCUGGACACGGCGCUGGACCUUGUGGGACAAGGCUUCUACGCGGGCAACGAGUACUAUCAGCACUGGUCGCACCAAGAUGGCAGCAGCAACGGGCAGAAUUCACCCUGGGACGCCACGACAGUAUGGUCUGACGGGUCGUCAAGCAUUCCUGACCCCGUGAUGCUUGACGAAGUGGUUAUGGACUCGGGCUGGACGCAGAAUAUGCUCGAUCCUACAAUGUUACCGUACCAAACGCAACCAAUUUCCAACACUGGUUGUGUGAACAAGGUUUUCCAAGGUCCGCAGGUCCUACAUGCCAGAUUUCGGUAG